CUCUCUUCGGUUCUUAAUAAAUCAAAUGUCAUAUGUCUUAAAUGGAACGUUGUUUUUCACGAGGCCUAAAAUCAAUAUUAGCUCCUAAAUCCAGUCUCCUUGUCUUUGGCAUCUUCUGCUCUGCUUUCUCUGCCUUGGUUUUCAAGAUGGCUUUGAUGGGUAGCAGUACUACUACAUUCUGAGAAAGAGAGAGAGAGAGAGAGAGAGAGAGAGAGCUCUAUGCCUUUAUAAUUUGUACUAUUUCUUUUUUACUUUGUUCUUUAUUUGUUCUUCUGUGUUCUUCUCUCUAGCUCCUGGAAGCGUUGCAAUGGCUGAAUAUAUCUGUUGGUUCAGCAAGGCUCUAUGGUUUUUUCUUUCUUCCUGGUCCCUGGUGGUGCACUGUGGUUCUGGGUUUAUAGUUGCUGGACUUCUAUAAGGAGACUCUACUUCUUUAAUUGUCCACUUAGAUAAUGCAUUUUCAGUUUUCUUUCCUAAAUUUCUUCUUAAAUUUAUUUGGCAAGCUUCUUCCCCACCCCCCUCUUUCCUUUCUGUGAAUAACAUGGCUAUUUCUCGUGUUUUACAGGAUACUAUAAUCAUAAAACCUCCUAAGAAAUCUCCCAUUUUGUUAAGGAUGAUUGUUCUAGUAUUUGCCAUGGUCUGUGGUGUUUUUAUCUGCUCAGUGUGUUUGAAGCAGAUAAGUACCCAUAGUAAAAUUAAGAUUGAAGAUAUUCAAGUCAUUGAGAGGCCAUUUUCUGACAACCCACCAACACAAAUGAGAAUUCCUAUUAUGCAUUUCCCACAUCCUGAAACUUUUAGCAGGGCUGAAUGUGUGCAUAAUCCUGUCAGAUACUUUGCAAUACUAUCAAUGCAAAGAUCAGGGAGUGGAUGGUUUGAGACAUUGUUAAAUAGUCAUGUCAAUGUAAGCUCAAAUGGAGAAAUAUUCUCUGUUUUGGAUAGGAGGAGAAAUGCUUCAUCAAUUAUAAAGACUCUUGACAAACUAUACAAUUUGGAUUGGUUCACUAGUGCUUCUAAGAAUGAAUGUUCAGCUGCAGUUGGCUUCAAGUGGAUGCUUAAUCAGGGAUUGAUUGAGAACCAUGAAGCUGUUGUAGAAUACUUCAAUGCUAGGGGUGUAUCUGCACUAUUUUUGCUCCGAAGAAACCUACUGCGCCGGAUGGUUUCAGUUCUUUCUAAUUCCUAUGAUCGACAUGCUAAGUUAUUGAAUGGAACGCACAAGUCUCAUGUUCAUUCAGCAGAAGAGGCUGAAGCCCUUUCAAAAUACAAGCCUACAAUCAAUUCCACAUUGUUAGUAGCUGAUCUAAAGAAGAUGGAGAUAAUGGCUGCCAGGGCUUUAGAAUACUUCAACAGCACACGCCAUAUUGUUUUGUACUAUGAAGAUCUGGUAAAAAACUGCACGAAACUAAAGGAUGUUCAAGAAUUUCUGGGGCUUCCAUAUAUGGAAUUAACGAGUCGACAGGUAAAAAUACAUAAAGGUCCAUUAUCCGAUCAUAUUGAGAACUGGGAAGAUGUCAACAAGACACUAGCAGGCACAGAGUAUGAGAAUUUUCUCAAAGCUGACUAUUAAAAUUGUCCAAGUCUGCUAACACGUGGAAUGGUGCUGUGAAUACUGCUUCAACUAAUUUGUUGCAGAGGUUCUUAAGCUUGCAACUUUCAAGGGGUCUGGUUGCUGUGAAUACUGCCGCAAACUAAUUGCCUCCAAAGGCUUCCGUGAAGAACUCCAGUUUGUUGCGGGGUUAUCUAGGCGAUAACCAAGCUGACAGUUUUGUUUUUUGCCUUUCUAUGACAACUCUCCGUUGACCCGAAACUUUUCUUUUUCUCAAUCAUCUCCUUGUCGAUCAUAUGGACAAAAUGUACAUGUCAGUUAAUUAAUUUCAAGAAAGAUGUGAGAAAUUUCGCAGCA